GCCGAUCAAAAAACCGCAAAUAAGUGGAUACUUCCGGGUUCCCAAAUAAACAAGUAUAACUUGUUUGUUGUUCUUAAAUGUCGGGAGUACGAAAUUAGUUCAUUUAUACUUGUGUCGCUGGGCAUUGUAAUUGUAUCGGUACGCAAUGCAGACAGGUGUUACAUGACUGCCACAAAAAAAAAAAGCAGCUCGCUACCUAGAAAAUUACAUUGAGUGUAACUGAUAACUGGCUAACGUAACGGCGGUAGCUAGCUACAGUAACGUUCUCUUAUUGGUAUAAAGACGUUUUUGCUGGCUAGCUAGUCCGGUUUUGACAGCAACAAGAUGCAUAGAAGAGGAGUAGGUGCCGGAGCUAUCGCUAAAAAGAAGCUUGCAGAGGCCAAGUAUAAAGAGAGGGGGACAGUACUAGCUGAGGAUCAGAUUGUUCAGAUGUCGAAACAGCUGGAGACCUUCAAAUCUAACCUUGAAGAAUUUGCCAGCAAGCACAAACAAGAGAUCCGUAAGAGCUCCCAGUUCCGUGUCCAGUUCCAGGAGAUGUGUGCUACCAUUGGAGUUGACCCGCUCGCCUCCGGCAAAGGCUUUUGGUCGGAGAUGCUCGGCGUGGGAGACUUCUAUUACGAGCUUGGUGUGCAGAUUAUUGAAGUAUGCCUGGCCCUGAAACACCGAAAUGGAGGACUCAUCACCCUGGACGAGCUCCACCACAGAGUGUUGAAGGGAAGGGGCAAAUAUGCUCAGGAUGUGAGCCAAGAUGACUUGGUGCGUGCCAUAAAGAAGCUGAAAGCCAUGGGGAACGGCUUCGGUAUGAUUCCUGUUGGCGGCUCUUACCUGGUGCAGUCGGUGCCAGCGGAGCUCAACAUGGAUCACACUGUGGUUCUUCAGCUGGCUGAGAAGAAGGGCUACGUUUCAGUGAGUGAGAUCAGAGAGAGUCUCAAGUGGGAGCGAGAAAGGGCCUGUCAUGUUCUGGAUCAUCUGCUGAAAGAGGGCUUAGCGUGGUUGGAUUCCCAAGCGGCUGGAGAGCCACAGUAUUGGCUACCAGCACUUUUCUCUGAGCUGACUUCCCGUGACGUCACGCCAGAGGAGGCUAAUCAGAUGACGCCUUAGGGAAGAUGUUCAAUUUGGUACGCGAGGCUGGAUGACUUUUUCAUGAACAAUGUGUGCCUGUUGGUAAUGUCUAAUUGGUUGUUUGUGUGACGUAAAGGGUAGGUACAUGUGAUUUUUGCUUCCCCCAGUCAUUAUGGAGAUGAAAAACAAAGUGGCAUAUGUGGUUUCCGCAUGGCAGUUGUUAAUCAUGAAUUUGUUUUCAUUUUUUAUUGCAUUCGAUUACCCCCUAUUAAAACAUCUGAAUCAUUCUUUACAAAUGCA